AUGGCGCAGGAGGUUCAGUACGAGCCGGUGGCCGAGCUGGGGGUGGGCGCGCACGGCUCCGUGUUCAAGGCUCGGGACCGGCUCAGCGGACGCUUCGUGGCGCUGAAGAACGUGCGGGUGCCCACGGGGGGGGCCGGGCUGCCCCCCAGCACCGUGCGGGAGGUGGCUCUGCUGCGCCGCCUCGAGCACCUCGAGCACCCCAACAUCGUCCGGCUGAUGGACGUUUGUGCCAGUGCCCGCACCCCACAUGAGGCCAAGGUCACGCUGGUGUUCGAGCACGUGGAGCAGGACCUGAAAACCUUCCUGGAGAAGGCUCCGGCCCCAGGGCUGCCCCCCGACACCAUCAAGGACCUGAUGCGGCAGUUCCUGCGUGCCCUGGAUUUCCUGCACGCCCAGCGCAUCGUCCACCGCGACCUCAAACCCCAGAACGUGCUGGUGACCAGCGCGGGGCAGCUCAAGGUGGCCGAUUUCGGGCUGGCCCGGAUCUACGGCUGCCACAUGGCCCUGACCCCCGUGGUGGUGACACUGUGGUACAGAGCCCCCGAGGUGCUGCUCCGGGCUGCCUACGCCUCCCCCGUGGACAUGUGGAGCGUGGGGUGCAUCUUCGCUGAGAUGUUCCGCAGGAAGCCGCUGUUCUGCGGGAGCUCCGAGGCCGAUCAGCUGGGCAAGAUCUUCGACCUGAUCGGGCUCCCCCAGGAGGACGAGUGGCCGCAGGACGUGGCCCUGCCCAGGGAAGCCUUCGCCCCCUGCGCCCCCCGCGAGCCCCGGGGGGAGGUCCCGGAGCUGGGGGACAGCGGGGAGCAGCUGCUGCUGGCACUGCUGACCUUCAGCCCCCACAAGCGAAUUUCGGCUCACGAGGCCCUGGGGCAUCGGUACCUGCAGGGGGGGCGUGAGGGGUGACCCCUGCCCCCCCAAAAACCACCCCGAACAUCACCCAGGACUCUCAUACCUGUGGGGGGGGAAUUGUGGGGUGACACCCCCCAAAAACACCCCCUGAGCCUCUCCACCUGGUGGGGGGGGUGAGGGGUCCCCCCCCAAACACCAGAACCCCCCCCGGACUGGAUGGGAGGGGGGACCCCACUUAUUGGAGGGGGGGGGUCGGUUUCUGGGACCCCCCCAAUUCUGUGCCAAUAAAGGGGUGUGGGCAGUGCCCCCC